AUGCCUCCCAAGUCGGGCUUCUCCCGCGCAAAGAAUGUCGACUACGAUGACGAUGACAUAUACGAUGACUACAGCGAAGAGGAAUAUGCGGCCGAAGGAGAAGGAGACGCCAUGAGCGAAGAAGAUAAGGAGCAGAUGGCUGCGGGUGUGGCCAAAGUUAAAGAAGCGCUGGGAAGCGAGUACAAGGUCAAGGAGGUGGAUAUACAGGAUGCGCUGUGGAAUUACUACUAUGAUGUGGGGAAGAGCGUUACUCAUUUGAAGAACAAAUAUGCGCCGAAACCACAAACACCAGCAAAACCGAAAGCUGUUUCUCGAUUCGACCAGGCGGCAGGCGCGGCGGAUGCGAAGACACCUACAUCUACUGGUAAGCACAUGUUGAUUUGCAGUACGGAGUCAACGGCCCGCACUACGUCGGAUUGGGCCCAGGAUAGCGAAAGAGACAGUAUUACGACGAUAUGCGAGACGCUGAGGGACCAGCUUGGUGCGUUACCGCAGGAAUUGUUGAACAUAAGCCGAGUUAUACCUAAUCACACGCCCUCGUGUGCUUCGGACUACACUUCCGCACGUACGAAAGACUUUUUCUGGGACAUGCCUUGGGGAAAUGUGCCCAGCAACAGGCUCGCCACAAUCACAAUGCAACCUUCGCCCUACAAAGGAGGCUUGUUAGGCGGCUCAUCUAAGCUGGCGGCGUUGGCAGCCAAGCGAAAGCAGAAGCAGCAAGAGGAAGCGGCAGCGAAGGCGGACGCCGCUGCGAAUGGACAGACGGCAGAUAAGGCUGUAGCGUUACUCGACAGGCUCAACUUCAAAGACAAGCCUUCUGCUCCUGCUCGCGAAGAUACAAAGCCCAGAUACCCCAGGAAGCGCUCAGCAACGCCUCCGCCGCAGGAACCGGAGUUUGUCAGAGAAGAACCCAUCACCGAACCUCAGGGAAUCCGCAUCGAAUUCCCCAACUUGCGCGCUAAACAGCCCUCCAUGUUCGGUGCCAUACUAUGCGGCUCUCCGCCAGACGAGCCGGAGCAGCAGCACGUAAAAAGGGCGCUGAGCAGCUUCCCACUCCCCUAUGCGAACGCCAAAGCAUUCACAGAUGCCGAUCCUUUUUCGAAACCGAGCCCUGAUGACCUGGUGCGGCAGGCACAGGCACGCAGCGCGGGCACACCUAAGGCAAAGGCGAAGACGAGAGGAAAGUCGGAUGGAGACCAGCUGGCAGAUUCAGUAGAGAAGCUCGUCGUUGAGACGAAAGUCAAAAGCAAGAACCUUGAUGUUGUAGAAGAGUACAGGAAAAGACAUGUCGAUCACGGAAAGAGCACGCUCAUGGGCCGCCUCCUAUAUGACCUUAAGAUCGUCGACGAGCGCUCCGUGGACAAGCUUCGGCAAGAAGCUGAGACGAUAGGCAAGUCGUCUUUUGCGCUUGCAUGGCUCAUGGACCAGACACCCGAAGAACGGAGUCGAGGUGUGACCGUCGACAUAGCCACAGUGCCUUUUGAAACGGACAAGACGAGCUUUACGAUACUCGACGCGCCCGGACACAGGGACUUUAUUCCGAACAUGAUUGCUGGUGUGUCCCAGGCGGAUUUUGCUGUUCUGGUGGUCGACGCACAAGAAAACAGCUUUCAGUCUGGAUUAAAGGGACAGACGAAAGAGCACGCAUUGAUUGUGCGAAGCAUGGGGAUCCAACGCCUCAUCGUCGCAGUCAACAAAAUGGACACCGUCUCCUGGAGUAAAGAGCGCUUCGACAAAGUGCGCCAAGCCACAACCUCCUUCUUCGAAACCGCCUCCUUCUCCCUCAAAAAUAUCACCUUCAUCCCCUGCGCCGGCCUCACCGGCGAUAACGUCACAAAACGCGCCGACGAUGCCCGUGCAGAGUGGUACUCUGGCGCUACCUUCCUCGAAGCGCUCGAAGCCUCCGAGCCCAAGACCCGCGCCCUCGAGAAACCCCUGAGGCUGACCAUCAACGACGUCUUCCGCGGCUCCGGGCAAAAUCCCCUCAGCAUAUCCGGCCAGAUUGAAACCGGCACCGUCCAAGUCGGCGACGUCGUCCUCGCGCUGCCCUCCCGCGAGACAGCUACCGUGAAGGCGAUUGAGCUCCCCGACGGGGCACCCGCUGAGUGGGCCGUCGCAGGGCAGAUCCCCACGCUGCACCUCGUUGACAUCGACGCUGUGCACUUGCGCCUCGGAGACAUGCUCUGCGCGCCUACAGCACCCGUCCGCCUGGUGAAGAGCUUCACGUGCAAGAUGCUUGCGUUUGAACAUGUGAUGCCGCAGUUUGUGGAUGUGUUUCGCGGGAGACAGCAGGCGACCGGACUGAUCACCGCGCUGGCUAGUAUCCUGAACAAGAACACGGGCGAGGUGGUGAAGAAAAAGCCUAGGAUAGUGAAGCCGGGGGAGGUAGCGCGCGUGCGGGUGGAGCUCGAGGGGUCGGCGGGCUUGCCGCUUGAAGUCUCCAGUAGAAUCGUGCUGAGGGAUGGGGGCGGACGGUGGGGGCGGGAUUGUUGA